AAAAAGAAAGCUCAUUGUGAGAGACAAGUUGCUGUUUGGCAGCGAACGCUAACCCCAUCUUUCGUUAAACGGGGUGUAUUGUAAUUGAAAUAUAUUUUAGAGUCGUUGGUUGUUGACAGAUACAUCCAGUUUAGUAAGUGGAAAUUUGGCAGGUGAAUAAGGAGCACAAAUAUGAUCACCUCUGCCGCUGGAAUCAUAUCCCUCCUGGAUGAGGAUGAGCCGAAGCUCAAGGAAUUUGCUCUUCACAAACUGAAUGCCAUCGUCAACGAUUUCUGGGCUGAGAUCUCCGAAUCGGUUGAUAAGAUCGAGGUUUUGUAUGAAGAUGAGACAUUCCGGAGUAGGGAGUUUGCAGCUCUCGUUGCCUCCAAAGUUUUUUACCAUCUUGGAGCAUUUGAAGAGUCUCUGAACUACGCCCUUGGUGCCGGUGACCUUUUCAAUGUAACUGAUGACUCUGAAUAUGUGGAGACCAUCAUUGCUAAAUGCAUUGACCACUACACCAAAUUGCGUGUGGAGAACGCUGAGCUGCCAGAGGAUGAGGAGAAGAAGACCAUUGAUCCCCGCCUGGAGGGAAUCGUAAAUAAAAUGUUCCAGCGGUGCCUGGAUGACCACAAGUACAAGCAGGCCAUUGGCAUCGCUCUGGAGACACGUCGCUUGGACAUUUUCGAGAAAACCAUCUUGGAAUCGACUGAUGUUGGAGGGCUCCUGGCCUACAGUCUGAAGAUCUGCAUGUCACUGAUGCAGAAUAAGAAAUUCCGGAAUGAGGUCCUUAGAGUUCUUGUGAAGCUCUACAUGAACCUGGAGAAGCCUGACUUUAUCAAUGUCUGCCAGUGCCUGAUUUUCCUGGAUGACCCACAAGCAGUGAGUGACAUCCUGGAGAAGCUGGUGAAGGAGGACAAUCUGCUCAUGGCCUACCAGAUCUGCUUUGACCUGUACGAGAGCGCCAGCCAACAGUUCCUCUCGUCUGUCAUCCAGAACCUACGCACCGUCGGCACGCCAAUCCCAGCUGUGCCCGGCUCCACCAACACAGGCACUGUGCCCACACAAGACAAAGACAGUGAUGCCAUGGAGACUGAUGACAAAGUUGGAAGCUCACCGGCAGGAAAGGCUGACUUGCCAACCAGGCUAUGCACUCUGUUGUUCCGUGGGCCGGGUCGGAAACCCUGCAAAAAUAAAGAUGAGCCAAAAGACCAGAACUCCAAAAUGAUCAAGAUACUGAGUGGAGAAAUGGCUAUCGAAUUGCAUCUCCAGUUCCUCAUCCGAAACAACAACACAGACUUGAUGAUUCUGAAAAACACAAAGGAUGCUGUUCGAAAUUCAGUCUGUCACACGGCAACGGUCAUAGCCAACUCCUUUAUGCAUACGGGAACCACAAGUGACCAGUUCUUAAGAGAGAAUUUGGAGUGGCUCGCGAGAGCAACCAACUGGGCCAAAUUCACAGCCACAGCCAGCCUUGGUGUUAUCCACAAGGGCCAUGAAAAAGAAGCGUUGCAGUUGAUGGCCACAUACCUGCCCAAGGACACCUCGCCUGGCUCAGCCUAUCAGGAAGGAGGUGGCUUGUAUGCCCUGGGUCUCAUCCAUGCUAACCACGGAGGGGACAUCAUUGACUAUCUCCUCAGUCAGCUCAAGAACGCCAGCAACGAUAUUGUGCGCCAUGGUGGGGCCCUGGGCCUUGGCUUAGCUGCCCUUGGCACUGCCCGACAGGAUGUCUAUGACUUGCUGAAGUCAAACCUGUAUCAGGAUGAUGCGGUUACAGGAGAGGCUGCCGGUCUGGCUCUGGGCUUAGUGAUGCUGGGCUCCAAGUCAGCCCAGGCCAUCGAGGACAUGGUGGGCUACGCCCAGGAGACCCAGCAUGAGAAGAUCCUUCGUGGGCUGGCCGUGGGCAUUGCCAUGGUCAUGUACGGCAGGAUGGAGGAGGCCGACGCGCUCAUCGAAAGCCUCUGCAGGGACAAGGACCCCAUCUUGCGUCGCUCAGGAAUGUACACAGUGGCCAUGGCCUACUGCGGCUCCGGGAACAACAAGGCCAUCCGACGCCUGCUCCAUGUGGCGGUCAGUGAUGUGAAUGAUGAUGUGAGGAGAGCAGCGGUGGAGUCCAUUGGGUUCAUCUUGUUUAGGACUCCAGAACAGUGCCCCAGUGUGGUGUCCUUGCUGUCGGAGAGCUACAACCCUCACGUGCGUUGCGGAGCGGCCAUGGCCCUGGGGAUCUGCUGUGCCGGCACAGGACACAAGGAAGCCAUAAACCUUUUGGAGCCCAUGACCAACGACCCCGUCAACUACGUCAGACAGGGAGCGCUCAUCGCCUCUGCCCUCAUCAUGGUCCAGCAAACAGAGGUCACCUGUCCAAAGGUCACCACGUUCAGACAGCUGUACUCAAAGGUCAUCAACGACAAACACGACGACGUGAUGGCCAAGUUCGGCGCCAUCUUGGCCCAGGGUAUUCUGGAUGCAGGUGGCCGGAACAUGUCCAUCUCGCUGCAGUCCCGCACGGGUCACACACACAUGCCCUCUGUGGUGGGCCUGCUGGUCUUCACUCAGUUCUGGUUCUGGUUCCCGCUCUCCCACUUCCUGUCUCUGGCCUUCACCCCCACCGCCAUCAUCGGCCUCAACAAGGACCUGAAGAUGCCCAAGGUGCAGUACAGGUCCAACUGCAAGCCGUCCACCUUCGCCUACCCGCCCGCCCUGGAGGUGCCCAAGGAGAAGGAGAAGGAGAAGGUCUCCACCGCUGUUCUCUCCAUCACCGCCAAGGCCAAGAAGAAGGCCACGGAAAAGGAGAAGAAGGAGAAGGAGGAGGAGAAGAUGGAAGUGGAGGCGGAUGGAGAAAAAGAAAAGAAGGAUGAGGAGAAGGAGAAGGAGAAGGAAAAAGAAAAGGAGAAGGAGAAGGAAAAAGAAAAGGAGAAGGAGAAAGAAAAGGAGAAGGAGAAGGAGAAAGACAAGAAGAAGGAGGUAGAGCCCAACUUCCAGCUCCUGGAGAAUCCAGCCCGCGUGAUGCCCGCCCAGCUCAAAGUGCUCGCCAUGCCCGAAACCUGCCGCUACCAGCCCUUCAAGCCUUUGAACUCGGGCGGCAUCAUCAUCAUGAGAGACACCAGCGAGGAAGAGGAGGAGCUGGUGGAGGCUGUCUCUGCCCAUGGCCCCAAGAUCGAGGAGGAAGAGCAGGAGCCCGAGGCCCCGGAGCCUUUCGAGUACAUCGAUGAAUGAGCAAACACUCCACACAGGUGGCGUUAUGAUAUGAAUUCACGGCGACCCCAGCAUGAACCUUUCAAAGCAACUCCAGGCCCCUCCCCCCCUCUUUUACAUGUUCUUUGCUCUACCUGGUUUAGGCUAAAUGGGGAGGUUUUAUGUUCUCUUGUUUAAUGGGAUCUUUUUCUGUCAGUACAAUAAAUAAGAUAUAUCUUACACAAA